AUAAAUUGUAAAGAGAGGGGGAGAGAGAGGGUGAAAGAAAACUAAGCCCAGCUUUUGCCGGUGCUGCUUGGAUUGGAUCUGGUUUGAGUUUCCUCUCUGCUGGCUUGUGCAGCGAGAGAGGAGGAGUGGGGGGAAGUAACUCGCUCACUCUUCCUCUGAAGCUUGAGCAAAUGUGCUGUUGACUGCACUGGUGGGAAGCUGCCCUGGGCGCAGUUGCCUCGUAGCUUAUUGCUCUUAGUCACUAAAGACUUGCCAGGACUUCUCAAGGACCUGGAAGAAAAAGCUGUGACUUCACAGACCUGAUGAUAGUUACUCAGUGCCUGUAGACUUGACACGGUUUCUUCCUAUUUUUUUUUUUAGUUUUUUAGUUAUUUUUCUCCUCCCGUGUCUCUCAGAACAGCAGCUCCUUGAGUGUGUGGCAUUGAAAUCUGUUACAUUGUUAACAACUUCAGGAGAUAUUUUUUAAAAGAUUUUUUUUUCUAUCUCUCUUUUGUUUUCUUUGACUUCAAAAAAAAAAAGAAAAAGAAAAAAAAAAGAAAAUCCUUUUGGGGGGAGGGGAGAUGAUCGUGCUGAUGUGGAAUAAGUGCUCCUGCUGUCUCCUCUUACUAGCCGCGGUCCUGAUCGUGGAGAGCUCCCAGCUAGACAGCUCCAGCUCCAAGGUGAACUCCAUCAAGUCCACCCUGAUGGGGGAGGCUCCAACUCAGGCAACCAACAGAUCUGCAGGCAUCCACCAGGGAUUGAUGCUUGCUAGCAGUAAGAAGGGCAAAAUGCUAGAGCAGAUGGGAAAACCUUCCAAGCGCUACCACCGACAAGGAGAGGCUUAUCCUUGCACCAACGAUAAGGAAUGCGAAGUUGGGCGAUACUGUCACAGUCCUCAUCAAGCAACGUCUGCAUGCAUGAUGUGCCGGAGGAAGAAGAAGCGUUGUCACAGAGAUGGCAUGUGUUGCCCUGGGAACCGCUGCAACAAUGGUAUUUGCAUACCAGUAACCGAAAGCAUCCUUACACCUCACAUCCCUGCUCUUGAAGGGCCACGUAACAAGAAGAAUGGUCAUUAUGCUAGCAAGGAUUUAGGAUGGCAAAACCUAGGGAGGUCACGCUCCAAACUGUCACACAUAAAAGGACAUGAAGGCGAUCCCUGCCUACGGUCAUCAGACUGUAUUGAGGGACACUGCUGUGCUCGCCAUUUCUGGACCAAAAUUUGCAAGCCUGUGUUGCAUCAGGGGGAGGUGUGCACCAAACAGCGCAAGAAAGGUUCCCAUGGACUGGAGAUUUUCCAAAGAUGUGACUGUGCCAAGGGGCUGUCUUGCAAAGUGUGGAAAGAUGCCACCUCCUCUUCUAAAUCAAGACUUCACGUGUGCCAGAAAAUUUGAAUGAGGAUAAGGAAGAUAGUAUUAAGUGACUGUGGCUUUAUGUAUUUUAAUACAUUAUGGCAUUGCGGGAAACGAGGACUGCAAAUGAAAGCAGAAUGGCUAACAUAACAGUUAGGGUAGCAGUAGAAGUCACACCAAAAGCAUUUCUUUUUGAGCUGAUGGUAAACACAAGUGCAGCUGAAGUUCUCCUACUGUGCAGCUCUUCUGUAAAUAACUUCUAGAGUUUGUGGGAAAUGCUAGGAUGCAAACAAGUACAGUGGACAUUCAUGUCACUUACCUUGCUGUGUUGUCCCAUGAUGUUUCAGGGGUUCAGUGUUAGGGCUGCGGUGGGUGUCCAGCAUGGUAAUGGCUGCUAAAUGAAUUAUAUACAUUGUACUCCUAUAGGAAGCAUUGCCUGCCCGGAAGAUACAUCUGUCGACUGAAGGUUAUCAACCGCAUUGCAGGUGUGAGAAAUGGAAAUAAAGUUACUGUGAAUGUCCACAGAUCCUUGUCAUUCAGGGCUGACACUUCAGCAAAGAAAGCACUCCUGCAGGACAGGAGUGCUAUGUUUUGCAGGCCCUCAUGAAAGAGGUGAAAACUUGCCAUCUCACAUUUUCAAGACAGUAGCAGUUUCUCUAAGAGGAGACAUUUAAACAGGGUUUUGUUUCCUAUAGAUAGGUAAAUUGAAAUGCUUUGUGUAGUUCAAUGUCAUAGUAUGGCACUUAAUUGCUUGUAUUUGCCUCAGUUUACUGCUAGUAUACGUUGGGUUGAACAGAUGAAGCAAAUGUGUGCAUGCUGAAUCCAAAAUUAUAUACAGCAGUUGCUCAUUAGUCAUAAAUAUACUUUCCUUGCCUAAGCAUGCUUGUAUUAUAGAUGUUUCCAAAAGAAAUAGCAGAGUGUUGAAGUGCCUUACAGAAAGAGCUGUGAAUGUGUUUCACUAUUACUGUUAUAAGAGAUGAUACAGAUGUUUUUCGAGGUGUUAGAAACAUACUGCUACAAACUCAAAUUUUUACAGUAUAUUAAUGGCAACAGGUUACUGAUGGCACUCUGCAGAAAUAUAAUGGAUUUGUUUCUUAGAGGCAGCAAAGAAAAAGGGGUUGGCUUUUGUGUGCACCUCCUCUCCUGCAGAAAAUGAUGGAAGAAGAUGAUAUGACACCAAAUGACUUGUUAAACAUCAUGUGAUGUCACAGCAUACUAGCCUCCAUCAUGUAUUCAGCCUGAACUUGAUGUCCUCUCAGUCUGGACUAUUCUGUCAGGAAUGAUGGAAGUAUAUGGACUCUGGAAACAAGCUGACAACUCUACAUUGUUUUUGUACUUGUUACAAAAAGGACAAUCUCCUUCCCUUGACUUGUCUCACAGGUCUUUCUUCAUUUUAAUUAUUUGCAAGUAUUCCUUUGUAUAGACAUUGGUAAAGAGACUGAUAUUUCUUUAAAGAAGUCUGAUUUUAUAAUUGACCUACUGCUAAGUUGUAAUUAUCCAUUUAUAAUUACCCAUUUUCAUAUUUUGUAAUACAAGGGACUUUUCUGUUUAAUCAGUUCUGAACAAUGUGUGUAGACCAAUAUGUAGUUGAACUUUGAAGACCCUGUAACUCAUAGCUGACACCUCUUUCCACCAAUGGUGGUUUGAAAGCUAUAGCUUAGCUCAACCACCAUACUCAUACUUCCCAACUAGGACAGAGACCUCAGUUACAUUGCCUUAAUCUUUCAUAAGAGUCUGAAGAAGAAGAGUAUUUCACAUCUCUUUCCCCACUGGAGCUGGAUUUAUUUACCGAGAGGGUCUUCUGUUUUUUAAUAGUCUCAGUGUUAUCUUGCGGUCCUAUCAUUGCAACUCUGCUAUUUCAGAGUUUUCCCAGUGUCACUGACACAGGAAUAAGGCUCAGAUAUAGCAGAAUUUGAAGACAUUAAAAAGGUACAGGACACACAUCAUACUUGGAAGAGAAACUCCAUUGCUGUCAUUUUGACUAUAUAUAGAAGAAAAUGAUACACAGCAUGAGCAGAGGUGUUUGCAGAAAUAUGGUCUCAGCAAUUUUUAUCUCUUCUUAUCAUUGGUCUAUCCUUUUUCCUCUUGCAAAACAUAGUUAUUCGGGAUAAUUUAUUUACAGGAAAUGUUUAAUGAGAUGUAUUUUCUUAUAGAGAUAUUUCUUACACAAAUCUUUGUAGCAGAAUAUAUUUGCAGCCUGUUGACUUUAAUGUAGAAAAAUGUAUAAUAAGAUUAAAUAUAUUAAAUGUCCUUUCCCAUUCCUCCCCAAAUAUUUCACCUGUAUUCCUUUCCUUACCUGCUGCUUAAGAAGAGAAGUUCUUUCUGGAAAGAUAUGCAAAUCUAUUGAAAAAAAAAACCCAAACCCAUAUAUUUUAGCUGUACAAGAAAAAGCAUCUGACUAUACUUGUGUCUCAAAGCACUGUGUAGCCUAAGUUUUGGUAAAACAAAUGAAGGUCAUCCUAAAAUUCCCAUGUGUCUUUUCAACAAAACUUGUUUAAGUGGCACCUAUCGGUAUGCUUUCCCUGGGACAUUUUAUACCUAAACAUUAGAGAAUAGGUUUUGAAAGUAAUGCACCUGAAUGCAUAAUGUUCAAUCAACCAGAUUGAAUCGGAAAGGUGCCCAGACACCUUCCCUGGAUAGAUGUACAUAGCAGAGAGGGUAAAGCUGGUAUUCCAAUUACAUGGUAUUUUGCUAUAAGUUACAGCGUACAAACGCACUGUUGCAAGAUCUAGAACUGGCAACUCCGAAAUGGCAGAUAACAGCAUUCAGCUCUAAUAACAUGAAAGAAUCCAUGUGACACAACUGAAACAAUUGCUACUAAAACCAGCCAAAUUGUGAUCCCACAAAACCCGCUGCAGAGCUCAAUAAAUAUUGCAAAAUAAUGGUUGUGCUUACUGAACAACGGUCUCAACAUUCUUCUUACUUUUUUCUGGUAACCAUUUGGUCAAACAGAUAUACAUUUGGAGGGUGGAAUAGGCUAAAAGUCACCCUGGUGUUUGUACAAAAUGAAAAGUUUUUGCUACUGUUAUUUGCAAUAUUUGGUGGGUAGGCCUUUGAAAAAUUCCAACACUUUUAACAGCAACAUAAUAAAGCUGGUUGGUUGUUUUAUUUAUAAUCACAAUAAUAAUAAAGCCAUGCUUUCUUACCUAGCUCACUGGUCUGAUGUAUCACAUUUUUCUGAUGUUGCAUUAGGCAGGAGUGAAGGAGCAGAGCCAGUCUAGAAGUCUGUGUUACCUCAUUUUAAAUCAUACCAGUUCACUGAGAUGAAUGGAAAUUUUCUGCUUUAUUAUCUAACACAGUUUUUAACAUGCCCACCACUACCAAAGGGUGCUAACAGUUCGACACAGACCCUACACUCAUUCUUACCUUCUGUUUUGCCUUGAAAUUUAUAUGACUGUUGCCGUUUGCUGAAAUGUGGCAAAUGUCUGCUUCAGCCUCCUUUUACAUUAGUGCUCUGGCAGCUUUUUACAGACGUGCUUGAGCCCACAGUGCAGGUGGUAAGGAGGAAGCACAGGAAAUGGCAGCAGUGGUGAAGAGGGUGGACUGGGGAGAGCCAGCCAGGAGCUUGAAAUGGCAGGGAGAGGGGGAAAAUCUACCUCAAAAUUUUGUUAGAUGCUAUUGCAAAACCCACAAAUGUUCAUGGUGUCCCACCCAUUACCAAGAAUGGACGAAGGGUAAAUAUGUGCUGUCUGUUCCUAAGCCACAUCCCCACAGCAGUGACCCAAAGGGAGGAUGCGUGACUGAUCGAGUGAUUCUUGUCCCUCCAAAGCUGAAGUGUUGAGCCUACGUCCCCUUGACAACAGCAUGAAUCUCACCUUGGUCCUUUGUAGCUCCAAACCUUAAUAAUUCCAGAGGCUUUGAUUUGGCACCAACCCUCAGAUGCAUUGUUCAUUGCUACAGCUCACAGCCUGGCUAUGCCUUGGCAUCCCACUGGAAGACUGCAGCAAAGGAAGGAAAAGACAACGCCAGGAGACAGCUGCUGCACUGCAGAACUCCAGCUGGUCCCAGAGUUAUUAUUUUGACCACCACUGAUGGGACUGACCCCAGUGGAUAUACAGCAUUGGAUAGAGCUCAUUGAAAACUUGUUUAUUCUGGCAGCUCUCUGUUUUUUUUGGAAUUGCUUAUUGUUAUAGCAUGAGUGUCAAUUACUUAUUUACAAACGUCUGGUACCAAUAAACUCUUUGUUUUUUUUACAGAACUGGCUUGCAGCUUGAUUUAGAAGUGGUUUGCUGCAUGCCAACUUCCUGAAGUAGAGGAAAUAAAGUUUUAAAGGAAAUCAAAAUUUUAAGAAGCACAGGCUUUCCUCUCACCUUUUCUUUUUAGGAAACAACUACUUAGAAAAAGAGGAAGAAAAAAUACAUAAUUAACACAAAGAGAUACUCUGACACAUUUUUAGUCUUUGUGCCCUUAGCAAAACUCAUACAGCAAUUUUGCACUGCUAUUAUCAAAGCAGGCCAAAGACCAGUCAGAAAUCAGAAAUGUACACUUGUGUGAUUGCUAUAACAUAUGUAUCUCUGUUUUCUGUUCCUUAUAAUCUAUUCUUUAUUUCU